AUGAAAUGUACAUCACAUUGUCUAGAUGUGAGCUGUGUAUAUCCUAAUCGGACACAAAUCAAUCGAUCAAUCAAGAAUCCAAACUUUUCAAAAAUUGAAGAAAGUUUUUCUGAAUCAACAGUAUAUAAUCCACCAGAAUGGCAUUUUGAAUCAAGAAAUUGUACAAAAUUGAAUGGACUAAAUGAUUAUCAUCAUCAAAACAAAAAUCAAAAAAUCACUCAUGAUUUGAUUUUUCAUUUGAAUGAAAUUAAUCCUAUCAGAAUCAUUCCAUUGAAAAAACCAAGAACAGGUCAAUCUAUUGCUACUUUGGCUGCAUUUGAUUGUAUUGAUGAUACUGGCUCUACUCUUAAAAUCACUUUAUGGGAUGAAGCUUCAACUGAACUUUUGUCUGUUUGUAAAACUGGUGAUAUAAUCUUUUUAUCUCGUAUUUCACUUUCUACUUUCCGUGAUCUACUUCAAGGAAUUACUACUGAUAGUACAAGGGCACAGAUUUGUUAUAGGUUGGAACCUAUUGAACCAACAGAUCUCUCAUUUUGUUAUGAUCUUAGAUUAGAUUUUAAUCCUACUACAUGUCGUGUUGAUGAAUUGGCCAAAUGGGCGCGUAACUUAUUUGAAUAUCAUGAAUUCUGA